AUGGAUGAUGGUAAUGAUGAUGACCUUCCCUAUGGUCCAUGGUUGAAGGGUGCCAAACUCCCUUCUACGGGUUACGAUAAAUAUCGUACUGAUUUUGCUAAAGGAAAUGCUUGGCCUUUAUUAACCCGCCUUGCCCGAAACACCUUCACUUCAACCUUUCCUCGCCUUCACUCUGCUGCCAAGCCUCAACCAAAUUCGUUUAUUGGCCUUGAAUCUUCAUCAACGACCUCUGAUUCUAGUCUGCCACACAACACUCCAAUCAUUCAUCACCAACAUAAUCCUCAAUCUUCCACCCCCAUUUCCCCACUGCCUCCUGCCCCUACCAAUUUCCAAAGCAAGUCUACUCAAUUACUUACACCAUCCUUUCACAGUAACUCAUCCUCCAAAACUACUUUAAUUGAUAUAUACUCUCCAGAUAUUGGCUCUUCAUCACGCCCAAUUUACCCUGUAGCUACUUACCCUCCCUCAUUAACACCAGUUAUCUCUACUACUAACCCUCCUCAUAAUCAUUUAUCUUCUCGGUCUCAACCUAUUUACACUCCUUCAACCUCCACUACACUUUCGGGUAUCCUUCCUAACCCUUUCUCUGUUAUGGCUGCUGCUAACAAAGAAAAUUUACCCCCUGCUUCCACCCCUAAACGGCACAAUGAUUCUCUCACCAUGAGACAAUUUCUUAAACGCUGCCGUAAUCAAGAAUCACCUCGUUCUGGUCUUAGUGGUGGUUUAAUGCUCCUUUGGCAGCCAAGUAUUGAUGUUUCUCUACUUAAUUUUGGGCGUACUUUCUUUGAUUGCUAUAUUAAGGAGGAUAAUGAAGCUACUUUCCAUUUUACUGCUUUCUAUGGGGCUCCGAAUGCUAUUGACAAGGCUGAUUCCUGGGUUCUAUUGAAGAGAUUGGCUGAUGUCUCUCCCUCCCUACCUUGGCUUGCCAUUGGUGAUUUCAAUGAUAUCCUUUCCAAUCAUGAUAAAUCGGGGGGCUGUCUUCGUAAUGAGAAACAAAUGGAAGCUUUUCGCAAAGCUUUGGAUCAUUGUAAACUUCAUGAAUCUCCUUUUGAAGGUGAUCCUUACACUUGGAUCAAAAAUAGGACUGGUGUUGAUACAAUAAAAGAGCGCCUUGAUUGGUGCUUUAUUAAUCACCUUUGGGACUCCACUUUUAACACACCUCUCAUUCAACACUUGGACUAUUUUAGUUCGGAUCAUAGAGCAAUUUCCGCUGUUUUUGCACCAGUUGGUAGUCGGCUACAGCAGUACAAAAGAGUUAGUAGAUUUCGAUUUGAGAAAAUUUGGCUUUCAGACUCACAGAGCAAAGAUAUUAUUGCUUCUUGCUGGAAUACUUCAUCUGCCAUUAAUCCUAUACAAGCUGUAAUCUCCAACUUAGGUGAUUGUGCUAAUCAUUUGCAAAAGUGGCACAUCAGUAAAUAUGGUAACAUGAGAAAGAAAAUUUCUGAUGCUCAGCUUCAAGUCGAAUCUCUGAAUAAUGCUCCUACUCGUACGGCUAAUACAGUGCAAAAUCUGAAGCACUCUGAAGCAAUUCUUGAGGAUUUAUUAGAGCAAGAAGAAAUCUAUUGGCACCAACGAUCUCGGGUGGAUUGGUUGUCUGCGGGUGACCGUAACACUAAAUUUUUCCAUGCUAAAGCUUCAGCAAGGAAAUCUAAUAACUCCAUCAAAUUUUUGGUUAAUGAAGGAGGCCAUCGGGUAACUUCUAAAUCUGGUAUGUUGGCUGCUAUCCAUGAUUAUUUCUCCUCCAUUUUUACUGCUUCAACUUUGGAUGAAGAGGCGCUGGCUGCUACUUUAAACGUCAUUCACACUUCAGUCACGGCUAAUAUGAACCAUGAGCUUAUCAAACCUUUCACUGAGACCGAGGUUGAGUUAGCUUUACAUUCAAUGGCUCCUGACACAAGCCCGGGUAUAGAUGGAAUGUCUCCCAUGUUCUACCAGCAUAAUUGGGAUACUGUUGGUGGUUUAAUAACAGCAGCUGUGUUAAGUGUUUUGAAUAAUGGUGCUGAUUCCACAGAUCUCAAUCAAACACUCAUCACUCUUAUACCAAAGAUUAAAAAACCGCAACGACUUUCAGAUUACCGCCCAAUCAGCCUAUGUAAUGUGGUUUCUAAGCUUAUCACCAAAGUUCUCGUCAACCGGUUCAAACAUGUUCUUCCAUCUGUUAUCUCUGAUACACAAAGUGCUUUCUUGCCCAACCGAUUGAUAACUGACAAUAUUCUUGUAGCCUUUGAGUUAGUUAAUGCUAUCAAGAACAAAACGACGGGACGCAAUGGUAUUGCAUCACUGAAAUUGGACAUGAGCAAGGCUUUUGAUCGUGUUGAAUGGAGAUUCAUUGAAGAAGUCAUGACUAAAAUGGGAUUUGCUUGUGAAUGGAUCACCCUUAUUAUGAACUGUCUGCGCACUAACAGCUUUUCGUUUCUGCUGAAUGGUGAACCUUUGGGGUCUCUUAUUCCAUCUCGGGGUCUUAGGCAAGGUUGCCCACUCUCACUAUAUUUGUUUCUUAUCUGCUCCGAAGGACUUUCAAGAUUACUUCAACAUGAAGAGACCAGCGGUAAUCUCAAGGGUUUCAAAUUAACUCGGCAUGCUCCUUCCAUCUCCCAUCUAUUUUUUGCCGACGAAAGUCUCCUCUUUUGCCAAGCCAAUGAAUCUUCCUGCCUUGCUCUUAAAAGAUCUUUGGAAAUUUACAAACGAGCCUCGGGUCAGGUCUUAAAUACUGAUAAAUCAGUCAUGUCCUUCUCUCCCAACACAACUUUGGCGGCUCAAAUCUUUUUCCAUCGACAACUUGCCAUGCCUAUCUGUGAAUGUCAUGAACGAUAUUUUGGAUUGCCUUCAUACUCAGGAAGGGAUAAAAAACGCAUGUUCAGUGACAUUAAAGAGAGAAUUUGGAAGCUCAUGCAUAAUUGGAGUGAAAAAAUCUUUUCCGCAGGAGGGCGCGAAGUGCUCCUCAAAGCAGUGGUUCAAUCUAUCCCAACCUUUGCUAUGAGUUGUUUUCGCUUACCUGUUUAUUUUUGCAAUCAACUGGAAUCUAUGAUGGCCAAUUUCUGGUGGGGUUUGAAUGAGAAUGGCAACAAAAUUCAUUGGAAAUCAUGGAAUCUUUUAUGCAAACGGAAAGAUAGUGGUGGUAUGGGUUUUCGCUCAUUUGUUCACUUUAAUCAUGCUAUGCUUUCCAAACAAGCUUGGAGAUUAGUACAACAACCCGAUUCAUUGCUGGCCAGGGUGUUGAAGAGUAAAUACUACCCCAACAACUCUAUACUUGAAGCUAAUCCAGGGCAUUCUCCCUCUCUAACGUGGCAAGGAAUUCAUUGGGGUAAAGGCUUACUAGUUGCGGGUCUACGAUGGAAAAUUAGCGAAGGCUGUAGAGUGAACAUUUCAAGAGAUCCGUGGAUGCCAGGUCAUUCCACUUUUCUACCAUACCAUUACUCAGGUCCACCUGAAGCAGUUGUAUCUAAUUUGAUUACAGAUGAGAGGAUUUGGGACUUGAAUCUGCUCAAUGAGUGGUUUUCUCCUCCUGAUGUCGACCGAAUUCUCACGAUACCUCUGAGUUUUUUUCGAAAGGAUGAUGUACUUAUUUGGAAUCCUAACUCCUCGGGUAUCUACACAGUUCAAACUGGGUAUCAUUUCGCUGCUUCACUUGAAGAUUCGGACAACAGUUGUUCUUCAUCGUCAACUGCUGCUUGGUGGAAGUUUCUAUGGUCGCUGAAAUUACCUCAAAAGAUUAAAAUCUUUGUUUGGCGUACCUUUAAUGAGGCUCUUCCAGUUGCUACUGCCCUUGUUAAACGAAAGGUAAUCUCAGAUUCAACAUGUUCCAUCUGUCAUCAGGCUUGGGAGUCCAUAGGACAUGCUUUAUUUGGGUGCAAAUAUGCUAGGGCGGUCUGGAGGCACUCUAAUUUUCUGCUGGACUGGAAUAAUUCUUCAACAAUGCGUAAAGGUGACUAUCUGGUACAUUUGUCUUCUAUAUACUCUAAGGUUGAGAUGGAACAAAUUCUUUGUAUCAUGUGGUCAAUUUGGACUGAACGAAAUAAAGUGAUUCAUGGCAAUCGGGCCAAAUCUGCCAAGCUUCUAUCUUCCUUUGCUUUGAAUUACUACCAGAAUUUCUCCAUUGCACAGCAAAGGCAUAGUACAGAUCAUCCUCCUCAGAAUUCUGGUUCACCAACAGCAGCAGCAGCUAUACAACCGUCUGCUACAACAAUUCCUCAACCUUGGAAACCUCCGGAUACAGGUCAGCUAAAGCUUAACGUUGAUGCUGCAGUCGACUCAACCAAGAAAAUUACUGGAAUUGGAGCUUUAGUCAGAGAUUCCAACGGACAUGUAGCAGCUGCCUUCUCUAAACCAGUAGUAGGCUGUUUCGAUUCGCACGAAAUGGAGGCCAUUGCACUGUUUCAUAGUUUAAACUGGGUGCUUCAGCUUCAACUUCCAAUAUCACAAAUUGAAACGGAUGCUCUUCGGGUUUCUAAUGCUUUAUGCAAACCUUCUUCUGCUAUCUCUUCUUUUCAAGAUUUGAUUGUAGAUAUUUCUAGUCUUUUAUCCUUUUUCCCUAAUGUAAAAAUUUCACAUGUUAAGCGCUCAGCUAAUAUGGCAGCUGAUUGUUUGGCUAAAUUUGCUCUAGGGGUGGAUGAGACUUGUUUUUGGACGGAUUUUUUACCUCCGCCAAUGAACUCUGUUAUUGUAAAUGACUUUCAUAUCUAA